AUGAUGGCUUGGGUCCUGAACGGCAGAUGGGCGAGUCACGCAGACAUGGCCAUCGAGUACGCCGAGUGCAUCCGACGAAACCUGUCGCGCCGGAACGUGAGCAUCGACGCCGUGCACAUGGACAUCUGGAGCUCGCUGAACGGGAGGAUGAGCCAGAGGGUGGUGGACCCGAGGGUGAACCUGCUCGGGGCGCCCUGGUCCCCGUGGGAGGCGGUCCCCUGGGUCAUGCCGCUGCUGGAGGAGUUCGCGUCGUGGAGGCCGGUCGCACGGGGGUUCCGGGAUAGGCUGAAGGAGGUUGCUCCGCAGAUGGAGGUUCUAUUCCUGGCGGAUUUUCCCGGACUGAGCCUGGAGCUGUACAUCCCGGAGGACCUGGGUGACGUGUCCCUCUGGCUCCUAUCGGGGAGGAUGGAGGCGCGGGUCCGGUCCGACUCGGAGGUGUGUGACCCCGAGGGAGGGGGGGCGGAUGCGUUCGUGUGGGAUGUGGGUCCUGACAGCCCUGUCUGGUUUCCGCCCGGUUCCGUCGUCUCUCUCGAGACCGUCUCGGAUCGACCUUCGCUUUUCAUGUUUCUGGUCGACACUGUCCCGAGCGAUAAUUUCACCGUUUUCGACUGAGUCUUUCCUUGGAAAAUUUCCGUGCAAGCACUGCGAAUGAUCUCGAGGAAAAAAAAAAAACUGC